AUUUGAGGAUCCUAAAAUACAUCAGUCAAACGGGAAGCGAUCUGAAACCCUAAUAACCAAACCUUUGAGACCCCAAAGCAGAUUACGAUGAAUCCUUUAGACCCAAGUGAUGAGUUGUACUUUCAGAUUUCACCUGAUGAUAAUUUUUAUUCCCUGCCAAUAAUCCAAACAGCCCCAGAAAAUCAGAUCUUGCAUGAUCCUGUGAUAGAUGGCAGUGGUCUGACUCAGUGUACAAGUCAAAUGGGAAUUAAGGACAAGCAGAGAGAAAAAUUACCUGCUUGGGGAAGAGAAGAUUAUAAGAUCACCACCACAGAUGAAAACAAGAAGUGGAUGCACAGAGAGACUGAGAAACAAAGAAGGCAAGAAAUGACACGGCUUUGCACCACCUUUAGAUCUCUCCUGCCUCUUCAAUAUAUUAAGGGAAAGCGCUCAAUUUCUGAUCACAUGCAUGAGGGUACAAAUUACAUCAAGUACCUUCAAAAUAAGGUGAAACAGUUGCAAGCCAAGAGGGAUGAGGUUGUGAAGUUGUCUAAAUUGUGUCGUGUUGGUUCUGAGAGUGAAAGCUUAACUAGCCAUCUUCCAAUAUGUGUCGUUGUUCAUCCUUGUGCUGAAGGUGUUCAGAUUAAGUGUAGUUAUAGCUUCAGGAAAUAUGUGUGUCCUUUGUCAAGAGUGCUAAGCGUAGUUCUUAAAGAAGGGCUUGAUGUGGUCAACUGUACUUCCACCAAAACAGAUGAUGACAGGUUCAUACACACUGUCCGGUCAGAGGUUCCGCAUGGAUCUAAUUACACUGAACUGCAAAGAAAGCUUAUCCAAGCAAUAUCAUCCUCAAGUUUGGAGAGACUGUCUGGAAAACUGCUGAUAUCAUGAGAAAGGUGUGUUGUGUGGUGAAGUUUCUGAUCUCAUAGACAAUUAACAUCAACUCAGUCAUUUGUACAUUUUAGUGUACCACUACUUGCUAUAUCUGCCGUGUAGAAUCCAGUUGAAACAAAAGUUCGCAAUGGUCAUGCAGCAUUCCAUGAGAUUAAUCUCUUUUUUGUGGAAGUUAGAACCAUGAAUGUCAUGCAUAAAAUUUUUAGUUGAAUGUUUUCCAAUCACUUUUGAUAAGCAAUGUUUUGCAUUAAUUCUCCCUCGCUUACAAUGUUUCGUAAUCAUUUUUGAUAAGCAAUGUUUGGUGGAGGAGUGUUAUUAAUUAAUCACUCACUCGCCGGUAAUACACUUCUUUUAUCGCACCUUUCCACUAUUAGUUAAAUU